AUGGAAAAACCCACGCAAGCAGUGACUAGUACACAGAAUCCCAAGGAAAAGAUCAGCUCUGAGGAACAUGACCAGAAUAAGGAACAAAAUGGGAAUACAGGGAUGGCCGAUAGCAACACGCACAUCAAGGACACUGGCAACGCCCCUAGUGACAGACGCACCAAGAACACAAGGAACACUGAUGAUCACAAACACACCCAAAACACUGGCAACGGCCAUAGUAACAGCCGCACACAGAACACUGGUAAAGCCCAGGGUAACAGGAGCACCCAAACCACUGGCAACGUCCGUAGUAACAAACGCAAACAGAACACUGGUAACGUCCAGGGUAACAGACGCAUACAGAACACUGCUAACGCCCAGGGUAACAGAGGCACACAGAACACUGCUAACGUCAAGGGUAACAGACGCACACAGAACAUUUUUAACGUCCAGGGUAACAGUCGCACACAGAACCCUGGUAACGUCCAGGGUAACAGGCGCACACAGAACACUGCUAACGCCCAGGGUAACAGUCGCACACAGAACCCUGGUAACGCCCAGGGUAACAGAGGCACACAGAACACUGCUAACGGCAAGGGUAACAGUCGCACACAGAACACUGGUAACGUCCAGGGUAACAGAGGCACACAGAACAUUGGUAACGUCCAGGAUAGUGGUACCGUUCAGAGUAACAGACGCACACAGAACAAUAAAUUUGGUAACGUCCAGGGUAACAGACGCACACAGAACACUGACAACACCACUGUUAUCUCCACCAGACGGGCUAAGGGUAAAGACAACCGUGAUACUAACAGACGUCCCAAAAACAAUAAGAAUGUCAAUGGCAACAAACGUACCAAGACUAACAGGCGUACCAAGACCGACGGCAACAGACGUACCAAAAUUGACGGCAACAGACGUACCAAGACCGACGGCAACAGACGUACCAAGACCGACGGCAACAGACGUACCAAGACCGAGGGCAACAGACGUACCAAGACCGACGGCAACAGGCGUACCAAGACCGAUGAAAACAGACGUACCAAGACUGGCGGCAACAGGCGUACCAAGACCGACGGCAACAGGCUUACCAAGACCGAAGGCAACAGACGUACCAAGACCGACGGCAACAGACGUACCAAGACCGAGGGCAACAGACGUACCAAGACCGAGGGCAACAGGCGUACCAAGAUCGAGGGCAACAGACGUACCAAGACCGACGGCAACAUACGUACCAAGAUCGACAGCAACAGACGUACCAAGACCGAGGGCAACAGACGUACCAAGACCGAUGAAAACAGAGGGCAUGACUGUAUUUCCGAUGAAGUUCCGGCUCAGCUUGAAGAAGUUGGCAACUCUUUCAUCAAGGACGACAUCCCAACUGAGUACCGCCCGCCACCCCCCAAGGACGGCACGACCUGGACCCACACCAACUAUCCUGGCGAACGUCAGAAGUCAAGGGCAGACUGCUCCAAUGGGAGAGCAGGAACUGCCCAGCCACAGCCGAGAUCCCCCGCCGGUAGAGCCAAGAACAAGGACAGUCGGUCUACAACGACUAAACUGGAUUGGAGAGCCGAUAGCAACACGCACAUCAAGUACACUGGCAACGCCCCAAUUGACAGACGCACCAAGAACACAGGAAACGCUGAUGAUCACAAACACACCCAAAACACUGGUAACGCCCGGGGUAACAGACGCACACAUAACACUGGUAACGCCCAGGGUAACAGUCGCACACAGAACACUGGUAACGCCAAGGGUAACAGACGCACACAGAACACUGGCAACGCCCAGGGUAACAGGCGCACACAGAACACUGGUAACGCCCGGGGUAACAGACGCACACAGAACACUGGUAACGCCCAGGGUAACAGACGCACACAGAACACUGGCAACGCCCAGGGUAACAGGCGCACACAGAACACUGGUAACGCCCAGGGUAACAGGCGCACACAGGACAUUUGGAACACCCAUCGCCACAUCUCCACCAUAAAGGCUAAGGCUAAAGGCAGAAUUUGCGAGUCAAAGAUUCAAGCCCUACUAGCAUCAAAGUGUCGCGUUCCCUGUGAACAAAAUAAACUGCUAACGUUAUGCAAGUGUGCCAAUGGAACAUACCAAAGUGACUGCCCCGCCAAUGUCGAAACGCCUGAGCAAAGAGGGCCCAAUCCCGCGGAAAAGAAGAGUAGCAAUGCCCAAGACAACAGUGAUACCAACAGACGUCCUAAAAACAAUGAGAAUGUCAAAAGCAACAGACGUACCAAGACCAACAGCAAAAGCAACGAUGGCAAAGCCUCUCCCGCCAACCUGCAACCCCCAACUGCCAAAACCAGCGAGAAAAACCGAGGGACUAACAUCACCGGAAAUCUAAAUGAUAAGACUAAAAAGGGGAAAAACUCUCAAGAAUCAAAGACCAAACUGACAAAGGAAAAACGCAUCAAUCAGAGCAAGGACAUUAGCGCAAAGACUGCCAAGGACAACAAACCCACCAACAGUAAAGCUACUAUCAGGAUGAACGACAAAGGAAUCCGCAAUGGUAAAGAGCACCAUCCAAAGGCAAAGAGCAACACAAAUAAAAACCACGUGCGUGCAACACCUAAAACGAUCGAGAAAGCUCAAAGCAUUGACAAACGUACCACCACAUCUUCAGUAACCAGGAAGAAUGGAGACAAAGGAUACACAACACCCAAAGCUUUAACCGAUGCCCCUAUGCUCGCAAAGAAAGCAAAGACCAUCUCGAAUGCAUCAGCACGACAUGACAACGGCUGCUCUUCCGCAAGGUUGAGGGCAUUUGUUGCAAAAAUUCAGAAUCACUCCGCCAAAAUUUACCACAGUCAACCUAAACACAUGAAGGCAAAAUGCACAACAACAUUCGGACUUUACAACCAAGACGGUCGGCUGAUCAAGAAGACUGUUGUCAACGGAAACGCCGCAAUCUCUUUGUCAAAUCUCAACUCUUCUUCAGUCUAUACAGGCUGUUUUUACGUUGGCGUCCGGCCCGUAAAACGACCCAAAUGCAUCAAAUUUACGACAAAAGGCCAAAAGAAAGACGAGUUUAUCAACAUACCACUCAUAGCAGUUUCAGCCACAUGCGUCUUUCUGGGGAUGCUUGGAGUGGCUGCACUGAUGAAGAGUGUGUGUUUCCCUAAAGUGAAGGCGAGUUCCGAAGCAGAGAAUAAUGAGGUAGAAGAUACAGGGAGUAACGAGGAAGAAGAUGAGAAGGAGGGACACGAAGAAGAGUAUGGAAGGAUCCGGGGCUUCAUUACCAAACUGUACAUCACAAGGGCACGCCUGUCUCUUAUCGGUUGGAAGAAACAAGAAGAGCCCGAUAAGGGGCCUGAUAAAGGACGCAACCAGUCGCCAGAUGAGUCUGGCCUUGAAAAUACCAAGAAUGUUACUCUGCCGUGUCGCCUUUCUGUCGUCGAGCUGGAUCAAGUGGAGACCGUGUCGAAUGAGCAAACCUGUGUUGAAUUUGAAGAUAAAGACAGGGGAAGCACUAGCACUGACUCGAUGCCUCCUCAGACCUAG